UCUCUCUCUCUCUCUCUCUCUCUUUUGUCCUUUUCUUUCUCUUUCGCUAGCCUCAAAGGAAAAAACCAUGUCCGGUUCCAACCAGAGAAUCAGUAUUUUCCCUACUCGCAUGGCCCUGACGACCAUGAAAACCAAGUUAAAAGGAGCGCAAACGGGCCACUCAUUGCUGAAACGCAAGGCCGAAGCCCUCACCAAACGUUUCAGGACCAUCACCCACCAAAUCGACGAGCUUAAGCGCAAAAUGGGUGCCGUGAUGCAAGCAGCUUCGUUCUCACUUGCAGAGGUGCAGUAUAUGGCCGGUGACGUGAGCUACCAAAUCCGUGAAGCCUCCACCAAGGCACAGCUACGCGUUCGCUGUAAACAAGAAAACGUUUCAGGUGUCAUGCUCCCCACGUUCGAAAUGUAUGUCGAAGGCGGAAACGCCUUUGAAUUCACCGGUCUCGGACGUGGUGGCCAGCAUGUGCAAAAAGCCAAAGAAGUCUACCAAAAAGCAGUGGAAACGCUCAUCGAGCUGGCCAGUCUGCAAACAGCCUUUGUGAUUUUGGACGAGGUGAUCAAGGCCACGAACCGUCGUGUCAAUGCGAUCGAACACGUCAUUAUUCCGAAAUACGAAAACACAAUCAAGUACAUUAUUUCUGAACUGGAUGAGCAGGACCGUGAAGAGUUUUUCCGUCUCAAGAAGGUCCAAGGCAAAAAGAAGGACAAGGCUGCAGCAGCCGAGGCCGAGUGGCAACAGUUUGAACAUGAACGUGAUGAUGAUGAUAAUGGUAGUGGUCAUGACGAGCCCAUGUUCCAGGCAGCGCAUGAGUCCGGUCAAUUGAAUAGCGAUAUUUUGGAUCACAAAGAUGAGGAUGUUAUUUUCUAGAGAAUAAUAAAAAUAAUAAAAAUUGUGUCUGUGUGUGUGUGCGUUUUGGGGAGAUCAGUCAAUAAGUGGUAAAAGUAGCAGAUGAUGAUGAUGAUGAUGAUGUAGUAGUAGUAGUAGUAGUAGCAGUA